AGCAGAGCGGCUUUCGUUUCCUUGUUUAUCCUUCCUCACAUGCUGCAUCUCUUUAAUUUUCCAACUUCGCCACACAGGAUAGAAACCUGGCCACGCGAGAAUGCAUUUCAUUUUUUGAAAACAUGUUUUGAAUGUAGGCUCAAAUUAGAUCUCAAACAUUUGGGCUCUGUCGAAUACAUUUAAAGUCCACAGGGUUACAGAUGGUUUCAUUGGCUGUCUUGUCUGAGAAGUUAAAUAGAGCCAGCCUCCUGCGCGCCUUGCUUUCUCUCGCACACAAAGUUACCUGCACUAACUAGAAAGUCCAGUUUCUCAAGCAAGUUCAAGAAAACACCAGUGAGUCCUGGAGGCAACAUGGACCUGGACAGUAAACGGCUGGUGGUGGUGGUGCCGAACGAAGCGCUUGUGCCAUCUCGCAGAGUGUUCAGCAGCGAGGAUGAGGCAUGGAGGAGCUACCUGGAGAACCCACUGACUGCUGCCACUAAAGCAAUGAUGAGCAUCAAUGGAGAUGAGGAUAGUGCAGCAGCUCUGGGACUGCUGUAUGACUACUACAAGGUUCCCAGAGAGAGGAGGCAUGUCUCCAGUGGUGUCAAAUCCACAGACUCCGCUGCUAUUGGGCCUGACAACUGUGGGAACUUGGAGAUGCUGGAUCACCAUCUCCAGUCCCUUAGAUCUAUGCCUGUCAACCUCUCCCUAAACAGCUCCGCUACAGAACAUCAGGCCUCCAAGUAUGGAGCUACCUGCCUCGCAGGAGACACCAGAGGAGGAGAUGGUAAAGGUGGAGGUGGGAUGGCUCUGGCUCUGGUCAAGACAGAGGGCCAAGCAUCCAUGGGAGUGUCUUGUUCUGGAGGUGCCUACCAAGAAGAACCCAGAGAGCAGAUAAGGAUGGUUUACGAGCACAGCCAUUAUGAUUUGCCCCUUGCUGGGUACUUGAAAGAUGACCAGAGAAGCACUCCGGACAGCACAUAUGAGGACACUAUGGAAGGAGAGAUGUACCGCAGAAGCCCCUCGUCAGGAGUUGAUGAGUUCUGCUACAGCCCACCAGUUGACAGUUUCCAGUACUCUCUGGAUGCCAGCAUGUCGAUGCGGCCGCGGCAGGGAGAUGGACCCAUGGCUUACCUGAACCGGGGCCAGUUCUACAAUUUGACGCUGUCAAAGAGCGGCUUCACAUCAUCCCUACGUCAGCCCAGAGGCAAAGUGCGGGUGAGUGGACUGACGCCCUCACACAGGCCUGAUGGGAGUCCAUCCAGUAGUGAGCAAUGCACCAUGGGAGGCUCUGAGCUGCAGCAGGACAGUAUUGUACAGAGUGUUAUCAUGGUUGUCUUUGGGGAGGACAAGUGCAGAGACGAGCAGCUGAAGAAUUGGAAAUACUGGCACUCCCGCCAGCACACUGCCAAACAGAGAGUCCUGGACAUAGCUGACUACAAGGAGAGCUUCAACACGAUUGGGAACGUGGAGGAAAUUGCCUACAACGCAGUCUCUUUCACGUGGGACGUCGCUGAAGAAGCAAAGGUCUUUAUCUCUGUGAACUGUCUGAGCACAGACUUCUCCUCGCAGAAGGGCGUGAAGGGGAUGCCUCUGAUAAUCCAGAUCGACACCUACAGCUACAAUAGCUGCAGCAGCAGACCCAUCCACAGGGCCUUCAGUCAGAUCAAGGUCUUCUGCGACAAGGGCGCUGAGAGGAAGCUUCGUGACGAGGAGAAGAAGCAGCUCAGGAAGAGGAUGAAAGGGAAAAAUGGCAGCUCGGGGACAACCUCUCCCAUUAAGAGGGUUGAUAGCACGCUGCUCAAAACCAUGAUAGACCUGGACUCCCAGCCUGUCCUCUUCAUUCCUGAUGUCCACUUUGGGAACCUGCAGAGAGCGGGACAGGUGUUUGCUUUUAACACUGAGCAGGUCAACAGAGAUGGGAGUGUUCUAGUGAAAAGGAUGUCAUGUACUUCUGAGGAUGAUGUCUGUCCACCUCAACCCAAGAAGACCAAAGUGGAACUGGAAAGAAAAGUUCUGCUGUAUGUGAGGAAGGAGUGUGAUGAAGUGUUUGACGCCUUAAUGCUGCACUCCCCAACCCUCAAAGCAUUGAUGGAGGCAAUCUCAGAGAAGUAUGCAGUGCCUGUUGAAAAGAUGAGCAAAGUUUACCAAAAAAGCAAAAAAGGGGUCCUGGUGAACAUGGAUGACAACAUCAUCCAGCACUACUCCAACGAGGACACCUUCAUCCUGGCUAUGGAGAGCUCGGCGGACUCCUUGCGUGUCACUCUGUCAGAGAUCUGAGGGUUGUUAGCAGCAGCACUGUAUAGGUGAAGUUUUAGCCAUGCCAUGCAUAGAUAUUGUGAACGCUGCUAGCAGUGUUAGACGACAGCACCAAAAUGUCUUCCUUCAGGAAAACCACAGGGGAGUCUCAGCAGGGUUUGUUACCCUACAUUGAUCACUGGCUAAACUAAUCCACAGACCCUGAGGCAGUAUCUGUUUACUAGACAUCCUGCUGUAGGAGGAUUUCUUGCAUUAGGAACACAGGCUUAACUUUAAAAACGUAUGGAAGCGCACAGAUUUGUGGCUUAGGGGGGAACAUGUUUGAUAUUUCCAUCUGUGCAAGCCACGACUAGAUGAUAGAAUUCACUUGUUAAUACUUGGUGAACGAGAAGAGAGGUCUUUAUCCAGGUCACCACAAAGCAUCCAGCCAGCAUGAUGUGGUUUCACAGGAAGAAGACGGUGCAGUAUACAGUAGUCUUACUGGAUUACUAACACGGGACUGCUGUUUGUUUCCUCUGUGCCUGCUUCCAUCCUUCCUGUUACCUCUUCUCGUGGUGGAAGCUUUUAAAUGACUUGAUCAGAUGUUUGAAAGGCUCUCAUUCAAAGCGGCAGCAACAGUUCAAGGUAAUGGCUUAUUGUUUGGUACAUAAUUAUUUUUAGAUGUGUCUUGAAUAGUCACCAUGAUUCUAAGUAUGUCAUCUUAUUUGACUGUCCAUCUUUUUUUAUCGAUUGGUCAUAUUUUCACUACGUACUAACUGUUUCCAAUCUGUGCCGGUGAAAUAACAGUUAUCCCGGGCUGUGAUUACACGCUGGUGUCUCAGGGUCUAUAAUUACAUGAGGCACCAUUAUGGAACAAGACUGCAAGUCUCCAGGAUGCUGUUAAACUGUUUUGCUUCCUCUGUGCAUGUGUUUAUUGCUUUUCCUCUCACUGAAGAGGCUGCAGUCAUUAGUAUUUAUGACAUUAGUUAGGCCAAACCAGUCCAUCCAUUUACACAGUCCUUUUCUGAGGCUACUGUAAACCAUCUGUGAGCGUUCGCCUCAUCUGUUCCUACUCACUGCCUGUGUUUACACCUGAUUCACUGACAGCUUCUGUAUCCGUCAUUUGCGUGAUGUACAGACUUUUAAAUGAGUCAAUAAAUAUAGUUUUUAUACAGUAU